AAGAACUCUGAAAUCAUGGCGGGGAAACCCAAGCUGCACUACACCAAGGGAAGGGGGAAGAUGGAGUCAAUCCGAUGGCUGUUAGCAGCAGCUGGGGUUGAGUUUGAGGAAGAAUUCAUAGAAACGAAGGAAGACCUAGAAAAAUUACGCAAUGAUGGAUCCCUGCUAUUUCAGCAAGUGCCCAUGGUGGAGAUCGAUGGGAUGAAGAUGGUGCAGACUAGAGCCAUCCUCAGCUACAUAGCAGCAAAGUACAACCUCUACGGAAAAGACCUGAAGGAGAGAGCCUGGAUUGAUAUGUACGUGGAGGGAACAACAGACCUGAUGGGAAUGAUCAUGUAUCUUCCUUUUCAACCAGCUGACACAAGAGAAAAGAAUCUUGCCUUAAUGAUUGAACGAGCUACAACCAGGUACUUUCCUGUUUAUGAAAAGGCCUUAAAAAACCAUGGGCAUGAUUAUCUUGUUGGCAACAAAUUAAGCUGGGCAGACAUCCAUCUGCUGGAAGCCAUUUUAAUGGCAGAAGAAUGUAAGCCUGAUAUACUGUCUGCAUUCCCUCUGCUACAGGCUUUUAAAGGAAGAACAAGCAACAUUCCAACAAUCAAAAAAUUCUUGCAGCCUGGCAGCCAGAGGAAGCCACCAAUAGAUGAGAAUUUUGUUGCCAUUGUGAGGAAAAUAUUCAAUAUCUAAUCAUGUGGCUGCUGAAGGUAACACAACUGUAGGAUAUUACUAGAGCUGUGCUUUAUAAGUGUAAACUGCAUAGAUAUAUUCUGUAGCUUGCAUCAUAUAGCCAGUCACAUGAUAAUCGUUGAAACAGAAUACAGUUUUCAAUUAGAGUAAAAGGCUAAUUUGGACCUGUUGAGUCCAGAAAGUGUAUUUCAUGGAGCAAUUAUAUGAAAUAAAAUAUGCUGAUACU